ACCAAAUACCCAAUAGAGAGUGACAUCCUCAACAGCCAGAAGCAUGUUUUUAUUCUAGGAUUGUUUUUCCUAAGGAGAAAAGAAUGUGGGACUCUACAUUUUGCAGAGUGGACAGCAGAGUGGGGUACCAUGCAAAGCUUGUGAGUUGUCCAGCAAUAGAGAUUGGCAGCAUUUCUCUUUACUUAGUAUCUGUUUCCCAAGUUGAUGCCUGAGAUCAGCCACUUCUGUAUUUCUGAGAGCCCUUGAGCAGAAAGACCACUUUAAAAGCCAUUGAAUUGCUAACAGAAACCAUAGCAAACAUGUGAAACUUCCAUCAAGAGGACAACUUGAUCAAGGGUCUUCAAUGUUGGAAUUGUUCCAUCGGAACACAGAUGAAAUGUUUAAUGUUUCUUGGGUACAUUGAUACACGAUAACACAACUGUUCUACGAUAUUAGAUUCAAUGUUCAGAUCUGUUAAAGACAAGAAAGGGUGCUACACCAGAUGGGAAGUUCAUUUGCAGCUAUAUGUGGAGUAGUAGGAGGGGGGCUAACAGUUUUAGGCCUAGCCAUUUUUUUAGUCUGGUUUUUCAUGUUGCGGUGCAGAAAAUUGUCAAACAAAGAUUCGGAAACAGGCUCUUCAGAUCCAUCUGCAGUUGUGGAGUUGAAAAGAGGUCCAACUGCAGUUCCACCUCUACCCGGACCUUAUAAUAAAGCAAGGGAGUUCAGAAUCGAAGAGCUGGAGCAAGCCAGCAGGCAGUUCAAUGAGAACAACCUCAUAGGAUUUGGAACUUUCGGGCUAGUUUUUAAAGGAUUGCUCAAUGAUGGAACUGUUGUUGCCAUCAAAAGACGCAGUGGUCAUCCGCGACAAGAAUUUACUGAGGAGGUGGCUUAUCUCUCUGCAAUUCAGCACCGCAAUCUGGUUAAGCUUCUAGGCUCCUGUCAGGAAAAAGGAUCCCAGAUACUAGUUUUUGAGUACUUGCCCAACGGCAGCAUGUGUAGUCAUUUAUAUGACACUGGGAAAGAUUCAAUCACAAAGCUAGAAUUUAAGCAAAGGCUAUCCAUUGCAAUUGGAGCAGCUAAAGGUUUACGUCAUUUGCACAGCCUACAACCUCCAGUAGUUCACAGUAACUUUAAGACAGCUAAUGUCUUGGUUGAUGAGAAUUUCAUCGCAAAAGUUGCAGAUGCUGGGGUGUUAAAACUACUAGAGAAAAUUGAAGAUGCUGGUUCAUCCAGCUCAAGUUCCUUCAAUGCAUUCAGGGAUCCAGAGUUAGGACUACACGAGGCGUUCCAUGACACGAACGACAUAUACAGCUUUGGCAUAUUCCUUUUGGAGCUCAUAUCCGGAAAGGAGGCUACCGAAAAAGAGGCCUUCCUAUCAAAUGAUAGCAUACUUAAAUGGGUCCAAGAACAUCUAAGUUUGAACGAUUUAGUGGACUACCGCUUGAUCGGGAGCUUCACAGCAGAAGGAAUGAGGGAUCUUGUCAGGUUAAUGCUAAAAUGCAUGAGCUUCCCUGGGAGAGAGAGACCGAGAAUGGGAAAUGUAGUCUUGGAGCUUGAUCAGAUACUCGACAAGGAGAUGACACGGACGACAGUUAUGGGUGAAGGAAUGGCAACUGUCACUCUCGGGAGCCAACUGUUCACAUAAUGAGAGUGAGAAAGAUGAAGAAGAUAAGCAAAUAUUGAGGAGGCAUAAGUAGAAGUUAUAUCAUGGCUGUGUUAUAUAGUUUUCCCUCUACUUUUCCUUUUCCUGCUGGAAACAAGAGGGGAAGGAAAACAUAGAGUGGAGAUAAUGGAACAUACCUAAUCUGUAUAAAUUGUUUCUUCCAUUUUGCCACAAUUAGACCAGUUAUCAGCGAGCAUGAUUUAUGUCUAACAUAGGAUCCUAGUAAUAUGCUAUCAAGCCUUUUAGCUUCCUUUCUACUUUCCUCAAGACUUUGUUCAGGGUAAAAGAUUUCCAUAGCCCAAAAUGUAAGAAAGAAAAGACAGAUGCUAAUACACUUAUGUUCCAACAGCAAC